CGUUCAACCCCCCACGAAUAUGUCACUCAAUUCCCAUUUCCAUUUCCAUUUCCAUCGGGGGUCGCAACUCGCAAGGCAAAUCGUUUCACUACGAAACUUUGAUUCCGCUCCACAAUCCUUCCAUCGCCACCGGUAGAUCUCUUCCAUCGCCCCCCGGCCGUAGAGAAAAUGACGAAGCCUCCGGCGUCUCUCCUCGCCUUGGCCGCCGUCUCCCUCAUCGCCAUCGUCUCCGCCGAGAUCAAAACCCUAACGAUUUCCAACGACCCCAGGCCGAUGAUUCUCUUCGAGAAGUUCGGAUUCACACACACCGGCCACGUCACGAUCUCAGUCUCCAGCGUCUCCGUCUCUUCCUCCAUCAACGCUCCCAAUCCGGACCCUUCAGGUUUGGGUUUCUUCCUCCUCUCCGAAGAGUCUCUGCUGCAGAUCCUGCUCGAGAUCCAGCAAAACCCCAAUUUCUGCGUCCUCGGAUCCAAGUACGUCCUCAAUCUAUUCAGCUUUCGCGACCUUUCACCGCCCCCGCUCUCUUCCUUUAACCAAUCCUACCCUAUCCCUCAUCCCAAUGAGUACUCUCUCUUCUUCGCCAACUGCGCCCCGGAGACCAAGGUCUCCAUGCAUGUCCGCACUGAUGUUUAUAACGUCGAUGGCGAUGGGUCCAAAGAUUUCCUCUCCGCUGGGCAGACGCAAUUGCCUUCUCUGUAUACCGUCUGCUCCAUUGCUUACCUCAUGUUCAUGGGUUUCUGGAUCUACCUCUGCCUCACCAACAAGAGGUCUGUGCAUCGGAUCCAUCUGUUGAUGGCUGGAUUGCUUCUGAUGAAAGCUCUUAACUUGAUCUGUGCUGCGGAGGACAAGCACUACGUGAAGGUCACUGGUACCCCUCAUGGGUGGGAUGUGCUGUUUUAUUUCUUUCAGUUUCUUCGUGUCGUGUUGCUCUUCACUGUCAUAGUGUUGAUUGGUACUGGGUGGUCCUUCUUGAAGCCCUUUUUGCAAGAGAAGGAGAAGAAGGUGCUGAUGAUUGUGAUCCCUUUGCAAGUAUUGGCAAAUGUGGCUUCUGUGGUGAUUGGCGAGACAGGGCCAUUCAUUAGAGAUUGGGUCACCUGGAAUCAGGUGUUCUUGUUGGUUGACAUAAUCUGCUGCUGUGCCAUAAUCUUCCCUAUUGUCUGGUCAAUUCGUUCGUUGAGGGAAACGUCCAAGACUGACGGGAAAGCAGCAAGGAAUCUAGCAAAAUUGCAGUUGUUUAGGCAGUUUUACAUCCUCGUUAUCGGCUACUUGUACUUCACUAGAAUCGUAGUGUUUGCACUGAAGACCAUUGCAGCAUAUAAGUAUCAAUGGGUGAGCAAUGCUGCGGAGGAAGCAGCAAGUUUGCUGUUUUAUGCAGUGAUGUUCUAUAUGUUUAGGCCCUUAGAGAAGAAUGAGUACUUUGUGAUUGAUGAAGAAGAAGAAGAGGCAGCUGAGAUGGCCUUGAAGGAUGAAGAAUUUGAGCUCUGAUUAGGAAGGAACACACUUCUGCUCUCUGCUCAAACUUGCAGCGACAGUUUCCUGAUAACGACUGCGUACAAGUUGGUACUCUUUCUAACUUGUUUCUAGUUUGCUUUAUUGUUUUGUUGUUAUAAGAACACCUACAUUCAUUCAUCAUGUAGUUCUGUAAAAUUGUGCUUAAUCUACUUGUCAUGUGAUAAUCCGGAUGAUGAAGAUAGUUUUCCUUUCCUUAUACAGAGUUACACCCAGGAGCCCAUUUUUGGGCUCAUUUUGUUCUCAUGAUCAUUGCAAUGUAUCAAGAUCCAUAAUCCAACCGAUCUGCUGGCUCUGCCAGCCAGGAUUCAUUUAACUGUGGGAAAUACUUAAAAAGUAACUCCUCGGGUUUCCAUAUUUUUCGGCUCUCAAUGUCGACUUAAGGAUAUGUAUGCUUAAUCCUCUUGUCGUUAGGGGUUGUCGAUUGUUCAUCUUGUUGGUGUCGCCUUGUAAGUAUCAGAGGCAUGAAGGAACUUGAAGUCUAGCAUUCUUGUUGCUUCUUGGCAUGGUUGUCAUGCCGGUGGCAUGCCACCCGGUUCAACCUGUGUCGGUCAUGAAACCGGUAUGACACCAUCGGUAUGACCGGUAUAAUCGACUUACGCAUUCUAAGUUUAAUGAUAUCAUUUUAAUGAAUUUAAUGAAUAAAA